UAACACCUUCCCUGGAGGGUGGUUCGGUGCCUUAAAUGAGCUAAGUUAUGCACGGGGCUUAGUACAAGUCAUGUGCUAACUGAGCUGAGUUCCCUUCUUACACCUGCACCCAGGGGAACAACUUCUGUCUCUCUGAUCAUAUCUGGGUCUCUCCUUCCCCCCUCACCCCCUCACCCCCGCUGCAUGGAGAGUCUGGAGAGUCUGCAGGUUGCUGAGUGACCUGCAUGUCUCAGCUCAUGGGAAGGAUGGCUCCUAUCCUGUGGCUGGCCCUGGCCUCCUGCGUUCUGACCCUGGCAUCUACAGAGCAGCAAGGUUACAGAAACACCAACGCCAGUUCCUAUGAGCAGGUCUUGGACUGCGGAGCCCCUGGCAGCUCAGAGGCCCAGUUCUGUUUUGACCCCUGCCAGAAUUACACCCUCCUGGAUGAACCCUCCCGAAGCACAGAGAACACAGAAGAAACCCAGAAUUGUGACAGCGACAAGAACGGCUGGUACCGAUUUGUGGGAGAUGGAGGAGUGAGGAUGCCGGAAGACUGCGUCCCCGUGUUCCGAUGCCAGGCGGCUGCUCCCAUGUGGCUGAACGGCACCCACCCCACCCUCGAGGAGGGCAUCGUCAACCGCACUGCCUGUGCCCACUGGAGCAGCAACUGCUGCCUCUGGAAGACGGAGGUGCUGGUGAAGGCCUGCCCGGGCCAGUACUAUGUGUACCGGUUGGAGGGCACCCCCCAGUGUAACCUGAGAUAUUGCACAGAGCCCACUACCACGGAGGACCGUUGUGAGAAGACCUGCCGCCCCGAGGAGGAGUGUCGCCUCGUCAAUGGCACCUGGGACUGCUUCUGCAGACAGGACCUCAACACCUCCGAUGUGCACAGUUUGCAGCCUCAGCUGGACUGUGGGGCCGAGGAGAUCAAAGUGUCAGUGGACAAGUGUCUCCUGGGAGGCCUGGGUUUCGGGGACGAGGUCUAUGGCUACCUGCGGGACCGGAACAGGAACUGCAGCAGCGUCACGCAGGCACAGGAGAAGCACUGGAUAUCCGUGACCAGCCCCACCCAGGCCGGUGCCUGCGGAAACAUUCUGGAGAGAAACCAAACCCAUGCCAUCUACACAAACUCCUUCUCCCUGGUCAACGAUUUCAUCAUCAGAGAUACCAUCCUCAGCAUCAACUUCCAGUGCGCCUACCCGCUGGACAUGAAAGUCAGCCUCCAAACUGCCCUGGAGCCCAUUGUAAGUUCUCUGAACAUCAGUGUGGACGGGGAGGGGGAGUUCACUGUCAGGAUGGCCCUCUUCCAAGACCAGAACUACACGUCUCCUUAUGAAGGGGCUGAAGUCGUGCUGUCUGUUGAAUCCAUGCUCUACGUGGGCGCCAUCUUGGAGAGAGGGGACACCUCGCGAUUUAACCUGGUGUUGAAGAACUGCUAUGCGACGCCCACUGGAAACAGUACUGACCCCGUGAGAUAUUUCAUCAUCAAAAACAGCUGCCCAAAUCAACAUGAUUCCACUAUAAAUGUGGAAGAGAAUGGGAUGUCAUCGGAAAGCCGGUUCUCAGUGCAGAUGUUCAUGUUUGCUGGAAAUUAUGACCUAGUUUUCCUACAUUGUGAGAUUUCUCUCUGUGAUACCCUUAAAGAACAGUGCCAGCCAUCUUGCUCAAGAAGUCAACUCCGCAGUGAAGCAGUGGCUAUCGACCCAGCCCGGGUUCUAGAUCUGGGACCCAUCACUCGCAGAGGUGCCCCGUCCCUUGGUGUCAUGAGUGGAACCACCAGCACUGCAGGGUUCCUGGUGGCCUGGCCCAUGGUUCUCCUGCCUGUCCUCCUGGCUGGGCUGUUCUGAGAGCUCAGCUGGGCAUCUGGCCUUGAAGCUUGUGUUCUUCCCUCUGGCGAUGGCUUCCGGUCACCCUUCAGCUCUGCUGGUUCUCUCUCCAAAUCACGCAGUCUCCAGGCCCGACUAGGUUUGGAGGAAAAGAAGAGCUUUCCCAUGUUUAACACUCUCAGUGCCUUUGUACUCCUCUCUUUCUCAUGGUGGGGUCCUGGCCUCCGUGGCCAGGCCUGGCCUCACUUCCUCAUUCAGUAGCAGGAUCUUGAAAGCAAACUUGCCAGGUGCUUCUCUGGCUACAAGUGUAGCACGUGUUCGUAACUUCAGGGAAGAGGGACUGUGUCUGGGGGGAAGGGGCGGUGGGAGAGCUUGUAAAAGAGGCACCCCCUGUUCUGAC